UGUGGUGUCAGGGUUUACCCCUGUAGUCGCUACCGUUAAAGGCAUUUCAAGCUGGAGGCUGUUCUCCUUUUCUACAACUACUUAAGAUAGCUACUCUAAAACUGCGCCAAUGGUAGUAGUCUAGACUACAUGUUGAACUAUUGUUAACAAACUGGACUGGGUGUACUAGGCUGCGGUUUCCAUCGAUGACAAGAAAGCCCACAUCGGUAUACAUGCCAUUGUGGAUAUAAGCGAAUGUCACGGAUGAGCGAUUACCACGUUUCUUUAAAAUGGUUAUUGACGCUAAGAAGGAGCUGGUGGUUUCCCUUCGGCGUUGUGAACAGAGAUGGCAGUGAAACAGAGAAAUCUAUCCAGAUGCUAGUAUUUCUUCCCUUAGAUCACAUCAGGCAAACCAAAUGGACAAAGUGUCACUUGCCUCCGCCGUGGUGGUGUGGGAAUGGCUGAACGAGCACAGGCGCUGGUGGCCAUACACUCCGGUUGUGUCUCAUCACAUAGAGGCAGUUAUACGAAGCGAUCCUCGGGGUGGAAGCGUUGUACUAGGCCAAGCUGACAGCCGUCUCUCGCCCUAUAUCAUCGAUUUGCACUCGAUGCACCAGUUCAGACAGGACACAGGUACGUUAAGGCCAGUACGUCGGAGUUUCUAUGACCCUACUACAGCACCAGGUCAGGGAUGGAUGUGGGAAUGGGAGAAUGAUGCAGGAUCUUGGACACCAUAUGCAAUGGAGGUCUGUAUUGCCCUGCAAGAGGCAUGGGACCGCCAGCUAUCCUGGCUGGAUCUAGCACCACUUGGUUUCUGCUACUUUGUGGAUUUCCAGAGCAUGACUCAGAUCAACCAGCAAACACAGCGGUGCCGCCGUAUCCAGCAACGCUCAGACAUGGCCUAUCCACUCGUCUCUGGGCCACUGCCAAAAAGUGCUGAGGGUUUGGGUACUGGGGCAGGAGGGGCAGCUGGUGGAAUGACUUCAGGUGGUGGCUCAACUGGGGCACUUCUAGGGGUUGGUGUGUCUGGUUCUAGCUCAAGUGGAAACAGGAGUGCGAUCUAUCAUAGUGGAACUCUUUCAAUGUCCUCCCUUGCCCCUAUUGGACAGCCAUGUGCCUGCCAACAGUGUAUGCUGGUUUUAAGUGUAAAAGCGAAUGCCAUGUCACAUACAAUGGGACGCAGACCUCCCCUGACCAAGCGCCCCAAUCUUAAAUCCAGUCUAGGGACACUUCCGUCCUUGUCUAAGACUUCGUCCAUAUCUAACUCGUAUUCAAAAACACUGCCUCAUGGACUUUCAUUCAACCACUCCCUCUCUCAAGAAUGCAAGAAUGCCACUGCCUUUGCUCAUUCGUUGUCCAUGCUCACCUCGAACACUGCCAUUCUGUCGUUGUCCUCCAGUCGCCCACCUCCUCCACCGUUGUGCCUUUCCCCUCCACCAGUAUUCAAUCAGCAGCCUUUGUCCACACCAAGCUGUACCUCAACAUCAUCACCAUCAGUGCCAACUGCAACGCUCAUCACCGUGGCAAACUCCACAUCAUGUUCGUCUUUGCCAUCACCUUCAGUGACCGUUCCGUCUCGGCGUUCCACGGCUGGUGCUGCUCCCCUGCCCUCUCGUGCCAGUCUCGCAGGGCUGAGUCAGCCAGCGCUACAAAGCAUCGCCAUGGCACAGUCACGCGCCCUCAUCGACUCUGGAGUACCGACGGUACCGGUGAAGAACCUCAAUGGUUCCAGUCCUGUCCAUCCAGCUUUAGCAGGGAUCACUGGUAUUCUAAUGAGUGCUGCAGGACUUCCUGUGUGUUUGACUCGUCAGCCUAAGCUGGUUCUGCAUCCUCCUCCUGUCAGCAAACGAGACAUCAAGCCCGUCCCUGGCCUUGGACACAGCUUCCGAAAAACAACCAGAAAACAGACCUGCAAAUGCAAGACUCCCGAGGAAGUAGUGAAGAGGUACUGGCAGAAAGUUAGGAAUCCACCUGAAGAGGACUGCACUAUUUGUAUGGAGACGCUGUCUGGCCCCUCUGGGUAUAAAGGCCCAGGCAUCAGUGGUGUGUCACGUGCAGAUUUAGUGGGUCAGUUAGAACAGUGCAGCCAUCGAUACCAUGUGCAAUGCUUAGUGGCUAUGUAUAACAAUGGCAAUAAGGAUGGCAGACUGCAGUGCCCAUCGUGCAACACCAUUUAUGGUGCGAAGACAGGCAACCAGCCACCUGGGAAGAUGGAGUACCACAUCAUCCCCCACUCACUGCCAGGACACCCUGACUGCAAAACCAUCCGUAUCAUUUACUUCAUACCACCUGGCAUACAGGGCCCUGAGCAUCCAAACCCAGGAAAACCAUUCACCGCAAGGGGAUUUCCCCGCCAAUGCUAUCUUCCAGACAAUGACAAAGGAUGCAAGGUGUUGAGGCUUCUGCUGGUAGCUUGGGACAGGCGGAUGAUCUUCUCAGUAGGCACCUCCAGCACCACAGGGGAGUCAGAGACAGUUAUUUGGAAUGAAGUCCACCACAAGACUGAGUUUGGUUCCAACCUCACGGGUCAUGGUUACCCUGACCCUGACUACCUCGACAAUGUGCUGGAGGAGUUAAAGGCCCAGGGCAUCACUGAGGAGGAUGGACAGCAACUAUAAGGCACAGAAACAUUGGUGCAAACAGAAACUAUGAGGUGCAAACAUUGGAAAAGAGGCUAGAGAGAAGACUGUGGAAAUGGACUUACAGUAGAGAGGAUGGAUGACUAGAUAUAUUUGUGCCAACAAAGUUGGUUUGUUUGUGUGUGUGUGCGUGCAUGAGUGCUAUUGAGAAUAACAAAUAACCUGACCAUAUAAGAAAAAACAGAAGAACGAACAUUUAAUUUUGUCAUUGUCCAGACGUAUCCAGAUAUACAAGUUAAUGAGUGCUGUGGUUUGCGCAAACUGGGCAUAUCCAGCCCUCAUCUGAUUAGUCUGUUAGUCUGAACCUAUUUUGAACAAUAAACUGACACUUAAGGUUGUUCAGAUGCUCCUGAAAAUCUGGAUAAGCUGGAAUAGGUGUGUUACAUUUGGUGCUGGAACUAGACUUUGCACUUGCACUCUUAAAGAGAUCUCAUAUCUGUUCCUCACAGAUCCCUUAAAAAGAGGCUUUGUAUAUGGUAUCAUGACUUACAUAAUACAUGUUGAAAGCUUAGUGCAAUGACAUUACUUCUACUUCAGUUGCUAAGAAACGUGAGGGAAAGGUUGAAAUGAAAUAUAUGGAAAGAAGGAAAAGAAGGUACAUUGAGAGAUUAAAAGUAGACGGAGAGGAAACUUAUGGAACAGUGGAGAGAUUUAGAAAAUGAAAAAUGAAUGGAAAAAGAAGGUCGUGUUGACCUCAGGUUGAGAAAUUGUGUGUCUAGCUGAAGCUGUAAUAAAAGGUUACGUGUGUGUGUGUGUGUGUGUGUGUGUGUGUGUGUGUGUGUGUGAGAGAGAAAGAACUGAAAUUUAAUUGAGCCCUCACAUGUUUACCUUGUCCUUAAAAAUAUUCCAUAUCAUUGUUACACUCAAUAAUAAGUUACAUGUGUACUUGUAAUAUUAUUGCUAUUAUGUGCGACACCAUUCCAUGUUUUAGAUUUAUGUACUCAGAUUAUUUUUGUAACAGUCAUGGGUGAUAUGUGAGUACGACUCAUAAAGCAACUUGUUAAUACUGUUGAACUCUUCAGUUACAGAGCUGUACACAUCUGCAGUGCAGUGUCUUUGAUGAUGCUUAGUCUAGACUGAAAGGCUUUUAAUGGUUAAAGGUUUUUAAUGGUAAUUCUGCAUUUAAAUGUUGUAUUCAUUACAAGUUUACACUUGUUUUAUUGCCCUAAUUUCAAAUGAGGUUUACCUGACGGUUUUUAUAUAAAGAAAUUUAAAAGGUUGAUAUUUUUCAUAGUGAUAGACUAUAAAAUGGUACAGCAUGAUCAGGUUUAUGUAAAUAAAUGCUGCUUGCUUUAAAAAACAUAAAUUGAGCUAUAGGAUAUCAAUAGGCUUGUUGGUCCACUAAAAAAAGGUUAAAAUUGAAAAUGUUAUGAGGAAGCAAUAAAGGGAAGAAUUAUUUAUCAAAGACCUUUUAUUAAUAAUAAUAAUAAUAAUAAUAAUAAUAAUCACGAAAUUAUAAACAAAUGAUUUGAUCAGAUUUUGGAUUGUAUAUUAAAAUGUUUGUAUUCAUUCCCAACUGAUUUUUUUUUAAGUUUGAGGCCUGGGUGAGAUGAUGAUGAUGAUGAUGAUGAUUAUAAUAAUCUCACCUACCAUGUUCCGUUUUUUGACCAAAAGUGUUUGCCAGUAUGCAGGCAUAUUUUUCUCCUUAAACAUUCCUGUGGGAGUGUAUACAUAUGCAUACAUUUGUAUUUGUUUAUAUCAGGGGGACUGAUUCACGUUUGUCUUUUUCUGUUCAUAUUCUUCAACAUUAGUGCUUGCUUUUCCUUAUUGCUUCACUUUCCCGUUUCAUUCAAAAUGAGAUGUUUUCAAUUGUAACAUGUAUACAUUUUUGUACAUAAACAUUGUACAAAUCAGUUAGGUUCCAAUUUAUCGCCCAUUAGGUACAGAAGUUUUCUAUUUGUCAAGAGCUUUUCUUUGGGAAAUUGACUUUUGUCUGUGUAAAAUGUCCUGUUCACUGUAGGCAUGACUGGGACAAUUGUUUGAAUACAGUGGAUAAACUUC